CUUACUCUCCCUUCACUGGGCUCUCUGAUGUGCAACAUUGAGCAACCGCAUACGUGGAAAUUGAGCUCUACAUCAGCCGUGUGAGAAAGUUUGUCUUUGUUACUGUCACUAUUCCGACUGUUCCUCCUCCGCCGUGUCGCUUCAACCUGCCGCCAACAGUAAGAGAUUGGGCUGUUGACUAUGGAUGGGAGCCAAUCCAAUGGACAACACAACAGUGCCUUUACCUGGUUCAGAAAUCUCCAGCUCAAUUCUGUUAUCUGCAGUGGAAUAGUUCCAGAAUGGUUCCAUGGAAUUAUUUCCAGGAAGACUGCAGAGGAACUGUUACUGUCAAAGCCCUCAGGCUACUUCCUUAUACGAGUCAGUGAAAGCAGGAUUGGCUACACACUGUCAUACCAAGCCCAGGACCGCUGCAGACACUUCAUGAUUGAUGUGCUGCAGAACGGACGCUAUGUCAUUGUAGGUGAGAGUGCACAUCACCAGAGUCUGCAGGACCUGGUGGACUUUCACAGAAGGACUCCCAUCAUGCCUUUCAAGGAAGUGCUGACUUUCCCAUGUGGACAAAUCUCAAAGGAUAAGGCUGAUUAUGCGGAGCUGCUGUUACCCCAUAAUCAACCAAUGUCCCCCCAUACCAAUCCACUGCUAAACAGCUCUCUGAAUAAUUUGAAAGCACAGGAAAAUGUUGUGCCUGCCCUCCCUCACCGAUCCACUACACCAAGGGACUCUCAAAUUUCAUUGCCAAACAUGACCCAGCACACUGCUGCAUGUAAAGGCCAAGCAAGCACACCACUUUACCCCUGUCUGGAAGAUGAACUAUCACACUUCAGCUCCCAAAUCCAAGCCACGGUUGAGGCAGUCAAGCCGGUGCCAUUGCCCAGGAGGAAAUUAAUUGCCCACAUCCCCCAACCAGACCAGCCUCCUGAAUUGCCUGCAAGAAGUUUUCUCUUUCUACAGAAGAACGAGGCUUGCACCAGAACUAGCUCUGCAUCUGGAACAGUCUGCAACAUAGAACAACUAGUCACACAGUCAACUGGGUGGGAGGAUGGUCACUCCCACAACACCAAAAGUCAGUCAGGAGGAAACCCAGAUGUGAAGCCAUCAGUCGUCUCGAGCCUUUUGACCUUCAAGAGGAAGUUCCAGAAGAGGAGGAGCACAUCGCAGGAACAUUUGUCCGUUGAGAUCCACGAGGAGGCUGAGGAGAGGCUGAAGGGGCAGGCAAGAGUCACAGCAGGGGAUAGGGAGGGAAAUACCGAGCAUGAGUACCAGAAAGUUCCAUGGGAGCAGACUGUCGGCGUUGAGCCAAUUUCCUGCACUGGUACAACCAUGGGACUGACUAAGAAGGUGCUACCACAGGAGUACCUGCCACCUCCACCUUUUGCCCCUGGCUACUGAUACACAUCUGUCGUUCUAAAAAAUUUUGGAUUGAUGUGUGUGUGUUUCCUGUUUAUAUCUUUAUGUAUGUCUGUCAGGUCCUAUAGGAAGUAGCUCGACAAAAAAAAAAAAUUACCAAAAGGUGGGGUACAUGGAGCUACUUUAAAUAAACAACUCUGAGUGGGAGAAUUAAGUCUCAUUUAUUAACGCCCCUGGGGAAAUUCAGUUACUGCAAAUUAACCCAUCCUAGUGCUGAUCUGUGUAGCUAGGAGCAGUAGGCUGCCGCCUUGAUGCUGUGCCCAGGGACUAACUCCAGUUCUUUUCCCAUUGCCUUGCUCAGGGGCACAGACAGGAGUAUAACCCCUAUGCAUGUUUCUUUUGAUGGUGGGGGAAACUGGAGCAUGUGCAGAAACCCCACCACAGACAUGGGGAGAACAUGCAACUCCACACAGAGGACAACCUGGGCUGGGCUGGGCUGACCCCUCCCCCCUAAAGUUGGACAAACCCGGGAUUCAAACCCAGGACCUUCUUGCUGCGAGGCGACAGCACUAACCACUGGGCCACCGUGCCAAGAAGGUUGUGCUAAUGCCUGGAUGUUAUCAAAUGUGACUCAAUUACACUAGACAAGUUUCUGGGAGUAGCACCAUUCAAUAAAGGAACAAUAAUAAAAUUGAAAAGGGAAGAGUGGGACACGGCAUGUUCUUGAUGCUAGCCGCUCUGGGAAUGGUUUCUAUAUCAUUAGAUCUCGACUAUUUAUCAAGAGUGUAUAAGGGACAGAGAGAGAGUGACAGAGAGAGAGAGAAUAAGAUAAUGAGUGAUGGGAGAGAGGGAGUGGCAGACUGAUAAAAAAUUGCCAAAUUCAUUGUAAAACAGCAUUUAACAUAACCGGUGGAACUGUCCUUAUCACAGUUUUCACUGUCCUAACAUAUCACUGUCACUGUCAUAACAUCAUUUUAACAUUUACUUUAAGAUUGCAGCUUAAAGCACAUUUUAAAAUACGUAUUAGCAGUGAUAUUAAAUUAUAUAUACAUUGACUCUACCUUCAAACCCCAUCUCAAAAUGUACCUUUUCAAACUGGCAUAUUCAGUCUGAUCCACACUUCAUUGAGUUUUGUGCAGAUGAUGAUUUUAUACUUAUAAGUUGUAUUAACUUUUUAUGUCUACCCUACUUUGUUUUGAUUUUAUGCUGUCUGAUACAGUGCUGCUUGUUUUUUAAACUGUGUUCCGUAAGGUGUCCUUGAGUGCUCUGAAAGGUGCCCACAAAUAAAAUGUAUUUUAUAUAUAUAUAUGUAUAUAUACACAUAUACAUACACACACACACACGCAUAUAUAUAUAAUAUGCCAGCAUACAGUUUUAUGUAAUAACUUUGAGCUAACGACCUAUUAAAAAAAGCCUGUUCACUUAAUGUCUGGUUUGACCUUUAGAGCAGCUGCAUGAAAAAAUGUUGGCUGCAUAAUUAAACAAGGGGCUUACUGCGAGAUAUUGCCUGUUAUUAAAAUUAGAGCUAAACCACUGGUUACACCAAACACUCAUUUUUAGCACUGUUCAUCUUCAGGCUACCCUCACUUUCAAGCCACCUCUCGUGUAAUUUUCUCUCCUACUCCCCUGUUCCGUUUCCUCCUCUCUUCCCUUCAUUUCUCUCUUUUCACUUUGAUAUGUGGUGGAUUUUAGGAUGCCAGGUUUUGUUGUGAAAUGCUCUCAAGUAUGCAUUUCAUUUUUCACAUUUGAGUACAGAGGCACCAAAAGCAGACUUUGUCCUAAGAACAGCUGCUGUCUUGUGGUAGUGAAUGUUCAUGAGAUCAGAUGAGUUUAUUGCAGGAAUUUGA